UGCACCCUUAAUUUGUUUCUAGGUGUUGGCUGCCAAUUGUAGAGUGCAAAUGAAAAGUUACAGAUUGGUGGCUUCGUUAACAAAAUUUUCAGUUAUUUGUGUAGUUGAAGACGGGAAUUUGUUUUGCGUAUAAAAAGUUAACACUGCGUAACACAAGUUCAUGAUUAAUCCAUGCUAGAGAGAGAGAGUGCACAAAAUAACCGCCGUAUGCAAGCGUGAUCAUCCCAGGCUUCUCCUCCCGACUAAGCUACUGGCCAGCUUAAAAAACCAAGCCACAUCCAGCGAGCGAGUGGAACCAGGAUCUAGUUGAGACAGAGCCGGCUAGAGCCGAAACCGCAUCGGAAACCGAGCAUCCGAGCAUCCGAUCAUCCGAAUAUCCGACAACCGACUAACCGCAUCCUCCAGCCACCAGGCCAUCCCGUCUGCCCGCCACCAGCACCACCGCCACCAGCAGCAGCACCACCACCAACGAUCACAAGAUGAAUGAACUGGACAGCCUGAGGCAGGAGGCCGAAUCGCUAAAGAACGCCAUACGGGAUGCCCGGAAGGCGGCCUGCGACACAUCCCUGUUGCAAGCGGCCACCUCGCUGGAACCCAUUGGCCGUAUACAGAUGCGCACCCGCCGCACAUUACGCGGCCACUUGGCGAAAAUCUACGCCAUGCACUGGGGCAACGAUUCGCGGAAUCUCGUAUCGGCCUCACAGGAUGGCAAGCUGAUCGUUUGGGACUCGCACACCACGAACAAAGUCCAUGCCAUACCACUGCGAUCGUCGUGGGUGAUGACCUGCGCGUACGCACCAUCCGGUAGCUAUGUGGCCUGCGGCGGCCUCGACAACAUGUGUUCAAUUUACAACCUAAAGACGCGCGAGGGCAACGUCCGGGUAUCCCGCGAGCUGCCCGGCCACGGUGGCUAUCUAUCGUGCUGCCGCUUCCUGGACGACAAUCAGAUCGUGACCAGUUCCGGCGACAUGUCGUGCGGCCUGUGGGACAUCGAGACGGGACUGCAGGUGACCUCGUUUCUGGGACACACCGGCGAUGUGAUGGCCCUCUCGCUGGCGCCCCAAUGCAAAACGUUUGUGUCCGGCGCGUGCGAUGCAUCGGCCAAGCUCUGGGACAUACGCGAGGGCGUCUGCAAACAGACCUUCCCCGGCCACGAGUCCGAUAUCAAUGCGGUGACAUUCUUCCCGAACGGACAGGCCUUCGCCACCGGCUCGGACGAUGCCACCUGUCGACUGUUCGACAUCCGGGCCGAUCAGGAGCUGGCCAUGUACUCGCACGACAACAUCAUAUGCGGCAUCACAUCGGUGGCGUUCUCGAAGAGCGGACGUCUGUUACUAGCGGGCUACGAUGACUUCAACUGCAAUGUGUGGGACACGAUGAAGGCCGAGCGGUCCGGCAUCCUGGCCGGCCACGACAACCGUGUAUCCUGCUUGGGCGUCACCGAGAACGGCAUGGCGGUGGCAACAGGAUCGUGGGACUCCUUCUUGCGCGUCUGGAACUAAGGCCACACCACCAGACCGGGCAGCAGGCAGCAGGCAGAACAAAAACAAAAGAACAUAAACAUAAACGUAAACGUAAACAGAAGAAAGCGAAAGCGAAAGAGAAAACCAAAACCAAAAACAACAUGAAAAUGGUAAAAAGAACUUCAAAAAUGCAUUAAAGGGUGGGGUGGGGUCAGGUCAACGGUUGCGCAGUCUGCGGAUAGUGUUUCGCCCAUCAUCCCAUGGUACAUUGUGAUCGAAUGUACGCGACGAUGGUGACUCGGUGUUACCUCUGUGGUUAAAUAUUAAUUGAGUGCCGGACGUUUUGAAUAUGUGUGGGCGCAGCUAGUUGACUAGAACGUAGACCACAACAACAAAGAACUUUAUAUACAACAUUAUUUAUAUUGCUAUAUACUUAUUAACUAAAAUUAUACAAAAAACAAAACAAAACGAAAAAAAAAACCACAAAACAAAUAAAAAAAAAAACAAGAAAACAAAAAACCGCAGACAUACGCAGCAACAUACAAAUAGACAUACACACGCAUACAAGAAUAUUAUUAGUGUAAAUGGAAAAUUGAAGAAAAACAAAAGCGAGGAAAACGCAGAAGGCGCAGAAAACCAAAUGGAAAUGCAGUGGAGACGAGCAACGUUUGGGGCCCGCUGAAGAUAGUCAGUUGUUUAGUCAGAAUUCCGGUUACAGCUACAGUUUAAAGCGUACGUAAAUUAAACUUAGUUCCAAUCGCAUUUCACUGUGGGGAGGUGCAGCCGCAAGCUGAGGGCCGAGGGCCGAGCAUCCCGGGGAGUCCCCGGCGCACGCCAACAUCGCAUCAGUCGGUCCGGCCAGCGAGUCGUUUGCACCUUGUAAAAGCUAAAGUAAAAGUAAAUGGACAAGAGAAAGAUGGUAUCAUUGUAAUCAUGUAUGUCAACCAGUAAAAUACAUAUUCUUUUGCGUAUAAUACAUAACUUCAGAAGUGUGGAUCCUGAUGAAAUGACGGGUGGCAGGACGAAGGAAGUCAAAUAAAGUUAAAGCAUUUAAAAAAAAUUAAUGAAAAUCACGGCAAAACAACCUAAAGUAAAUGAAAAGAAAACAAAGAAAAACGAACAAGAAAAAGGAAAAAGAAAAAACAAAAAAAUUGCGUAAUAAACUUUAUAAAUCAAGUAAUGAAAACAAAAAAAAAGAAGAAAGUAAACAAAACACUAUAACAAAUUUUUGUCUUAUUAUGUUUAAGUCCCUAAUUUAUAUACAAACAAAAAUAAGAAUGAUUUAAAUAACAUAUAUGUAAACUAUGCAUUAGUGAAAAAAGUGGAAAACUAUUUAUAUAUAAUAUGAUGGCCAUAUAAGCUAUAACAAUAAAUUGAAAACACCUUUAAAUCUUAUAAUACAUUUAUAAAUGUUUAACAAAAUCUUAACAAAUACAUUCAUAGAAUUGCGGCAGUAAGGGCAUUAAACCAUUGAACCAUUAAGCAUUAAGCAUCAUGCAAAUAAGUUGAGCAUUUCACCCUCUCGCCACACAAUUGAUACGAUGCGAUACAGUUCGACUUCUGUUCACCCAAUUCUCCCCAGUUCCCGUGAGGUGCAUGCAACACACAUAUGGCUUAUGCGCGGUUCGAGGGGCACAGAGCGAUUGUAGAACAACCAAAAACCAAGCUUGUAUUGUGAGAACACUGAUAUUGUCCUGCUGUCCUACGAACACACUGAAUCGUCAAGUUCUUAUCUACUUUUGUAUGUUUUGUUAUUUAAUUAAUUUUAAGCGGCAGCAUAGUUCAUUGAAAACUGUAAUAAGCUCGGCUCUAGUUUAUUGACCUUCUCGAAGUAUUCUCCCGUGUAACCCUGUGUAUCCCGGUCCGAUAGGCGAAUAAUUGUGAUCUAAGGCGCACAGCAGAUUCAGGCAACGAUGACGAGCAGUCCCCCACACCAAAGUAACGAUAGAAACCAAUCAAAACUCGAAAUCAACAUUUAAAACGGACAGAAUUGUGUACUCUAGCGAGUCUUGGCGCUCGAUCAUGUUGAACCGAAUAUUCCUAUGUAUACAUAUGUGUUUAUACUAUUGGUAGGCUUGCAGCAGCUCUGCAGCUCUGCAGCUCUUGGCCAUAGAUGGACUUACUUACGUUUAGUACAUUCUGGACAUUCUAAACUAAUGCUGUUUCGAGAACUAUGAACUAUGAAGAGAACCACUUUGUAACAUUUAAAUAAUAAAGUAUAAUAAAACAUACGAUAAUCCCAUUGUUUGACUUGAACAAGGAGCAAUCCGAGUCGAUUGAGUGCUUUGCCAGAGCUAGAAACGCGCCAGAGUGAGUCCAUCUAGGGCUAGUCGUAGCAAUUGCCCACACGAUACACGCACGAAUUACGAAUUGUCGGGAAUUACUAGCAAUUUUGUACUCCAGCCAGUAAGUUAAUCAACGUAUGUACUUUUCUAUCACAGCCCCAGGGGGCGCAGAGCGACGUGUUAUUUCUUUUUUAAACGUUUUCCUUUUUUUUUUUAAGAGUACUUUGUUAUUACGUAGAGCGCGCGCAAACCCUCAAGUAUGUUAAUAUCAGAACCCCUCUCUAUGUACGUGUGUUUCCGUGUAAAUUUAAUUACGUAUACGUUAUGUUUACCCAUAUGUGUAUUGUAAUUUAAUUAAUGUUUUAUUUGUCUACCUAAGGCCUAGGACCGGCAAAUCGAACGAAAUGGUUUAUUUGUAAUUAGUCACUAACAUGCAUUGAAGCACACAGCCUGUCAACCAAACCAAUUGAAGUUUAAUGAAAGUAAAGCAAAACAUGGUCAUGUAAUAAACACACAUACAACAUACAUAUUUGAAUGAAAACUGAAGAUUACUAACAUUAAUUUAUAAUUUGUGUCAUAGCCGUCAACUCAGCGUUAUAUCUAGAAUAAAUAAUAAAGAAAAUUGUGUUAAGCAA